UUGGUCUCCGGCAAGAUGGCGGCGCCCUUGUAGAGAGGCGUGAGUUGAGAAGUGUUCCGGGAAUGUGGUCUGCGGUAUCCGUGGCUCUGCGGGCCGGUUCGGUCCAGAUACUCGCCAGGCGGCAGCCAGUGAUUUCCACUCUGCUGAGGAAACAAGCGCUACAAAGAAUCAAUGUGUUUGUUGCAUGUUCAUACAGUAAGGACUCUGCCAUUGGGCGAUUGUUGGGGAUAAGUCAAGAACAAUCAUCGAAUGAAAAUGUAAUCCACAAAUAUGCACCGCCUGUCCCGUUUGAUAAGGCUGAAAGUGAAAGUUUGCUAAUACACAAACCAGACCAACCAGAGAACGCAAAAGUCCUAAAAGUUGCAAUUUUAGGAGCACCGAAUGCGGGAAAAUCAACUUUAUCCAACAAGCUUCUGGGUAGAAAGGUUUUUCCUGUAUCCAAGAAAGUGCACACAACCCGCAGCCAAGCGUUGGGCGUUCUUACAGAUGGAGAAACUCAGUUGGUAAUUCUUGAUACGCCCGGCAUGGUCAACAAUAGGAAAGUAAAAAGGCAUAAUUUGGAGAAGUCCCUACAGAAUGACCCCUGGGAUUCUAUGAAGUCUGCUGAUGUUGUGUUGGUUAUGGUAGAUGUUUCGGAUCACUGGACCAGGACGUCUCUUCACUCUGAGGUCCUAAAGUGUUUGUCUCAAUAUUCUAAUAUCCCCAGUGUUUUGGUGAUGAACAAGGUAGACCUGGUGAAGAAGAAAAGCCUUUUGCUUGAUAUUACCAACGUAUUGACUGAGGGUGUAGUACACAAAAAGAAGGCUGUUGUAAAGCCCUUAGUAAAACCUUCAUCACGCCAAGGUCCCAAACCUAUGGAGGAGGAAACUUCCACAUCUCGGUAUGAAGAGCCAGGGAUGACUGUGCAGCAGCUGGAGGUGGAUAAAUCCUCUGAUAAUGUCAUAAAUCCAGAGGCUAUAAAACAAGCCGCACUCACAGACUGGAAAAGCCGGAAAGGCUGGCCUCAUUUUCAAGAGGUUUUUAUGCUCUCUGCUAUUGAUGGCGAUGAGGUGGAGACAUUGAAGAAGUACCUGCUCAGCCUGGCUAAGCCUGGAGAGUGGGAAUAUCACAGCGAUGUAGUUACUACUCAACCCCCCCAAGAAAUAUGUAACAAUAUAAUAAGGGAAAAAUUACUGGAAUAUUUGCCCCAAGAGAUACCAUAUAACGUGACCCAGGUAACGGAUAUAUGGGAGGAAGGCUCUGGAGGAGAGUUGGUCAUCGUACAGACAUUGCUUGUUUCAAAAGAGAAUCACGUGAAACUUCUUAUUGGCCGUGGAGGUCAGCUGAUCAGCAAGAUCGCCCAGGAAGCUGGACAGGACCUUAUGAAUAUAUUUCUCUGUGAUGUUCGGUUGCGACUUGCGGUGAAGUUUAAGAAGUGAUUUCGUACUUACUCUGUCCUUCCCAUGGUAAGGGCAAAAGAAGAACCUGCGUUUCUGAGUUGGCUAAAUGAUCACAAUUACUGUGAUUUAGUCAGCAAAGGGACUUUUAUUACCUUCAGCAACACCCAUCAACCAAGCAUCAGCAUCCUGCCCUGACACAUUGACUGUGUGAGCGUCAUACCCUAUAUGCUAAUAUACCAUUCUUCUGAACUGUCGCCUUUACAAGUUGUACUUUGUUUUAUUAUGGGUUGU